CUAAAAAGUAGGUGAAUAAUUCUAAUAGAUGUAACUGACAUUUGUAUUUGUGUAUUUUGAAAAUGAUAAGGACGGUUAAAUAAAAAUGAAAAGUACAAUGGAUGGCCAAGAGGAACCGACAACGCAAGUUACCGAAGAUGAUACAUCGAAAGUUACCGAAGAUAAUAUUCUACCACAAGUCUACAAAAGGCGUUGGAUUAUACUUUUUUUGUUUUCAUUUGUUUCGUUGACCAACAGCUUCCAAUGGUUACAUCUGAACAUAAUAGGAGAUGUGUUACUCAACUAUUACAAUGCCAGUUUGCCAGAGGACAAAUUUCAACAGGAGACUGCUCUAGAUUGGCUAUCUAUGGUCUACAUGCUAGCGUAUAUACCGCUAAUCUUUCCAUUAACAUGGCUUCUAGACAAAAAAGGACUUAGGGUUGUGAUUAUUUGCGGAAGUUUCCUGAAUGCAGUUGGCGCUUGGAUUAAAGUAGCAUGUGUUAGCCCCGAUCGUUUUGCGUUAUUGAUGUUCGGCCAGUCUGUUUGUUCGGUAGCUCAGGUUUUUAUACUUGGUAUCCCUGCGAGACUUGCAGCAAUAUGGUUUGGUCCAAACCAAGUAUCAACAGCAACAUCUUUAGGUGUAUUUGGCAACCAGAUUGGUGCAGCUGUAGGAUUUUUACUUCCUCCGCUACUGGUGAAAUAUAGUCCCGACAUAGAUCUGGUCAGCAGCCGUUUAUAUACUUUGUUUUAUAUUGGCGCUGGCGUCACAACGCUUCUCUUUUUAUUGGUUUUAGUUAUUUUUAAGAAAGAGCCCCCACAACCACCAAGUAGAGCCCAGUUGUUAGCAGUAAGAAAUGCUGCCAGUCAACACUACGGUAAAUCCCUGCUGAGAUUAUUAAAAAACAGAGGAUUUCUUCUACUGGUAUUAACUUAUGGGAUAAACACAGGAGCAUACUACGCAAUAGCAACAUUAGUGAAUCCCGUCGUUUUGAAUUAUUUCCCGGGUCAUCAAAAAGAAGCUGGAGAAAUAGGAUUGACAGUGGUUAUUGCUGGAAUAGUAGGAGCUAUACUGGCUGGAGUAUGGCUUGAUAAAACUAAAACAUUCAAGGGAACAACCGUUGGUAUAUAUUUGCUGUCGUUAGCUGGUAUGGUGGCAUUUACUUUCACAUUGAAUUUAAACUUACUUUGGGUAGUAUAUCUAUGUGCCGGGAUUUUAGGAUUUUUCAUGACCGGUUACUUGCCUGUAGGGUUUGAAAUUGCUGCAGAAAUUACCUAUCCAGAAUCAGAGGGUACUUCAUCUGGUCUCUUGAACGCAUCAGCACAGCUAUUCGGAAUCAUUUUCACUAUAAGCAUGCGUGCAAUGAUAAAUGAAGUCAGCAUUUUUGGUGCUAAUAUUACACUCAGCUCAUUCCUUCUUCUUGGAACCAUUUUAACGGCGUUAAUAGGUGCUAAUUACAGACGACAGACUGCUGAAAAACAGAGAGUUUCAAAAAUAGACUUUCUAGACAUCAAUAUCAUUUCUACAAAAAAUGAAAAACAAUCUGCACAAAAGGACAAUGAAUGCCAUUAGAUGUGUGCUGUUUGCGAUGCAUGAUGCAUGCAAGAAUGAUUUCGAAACAGUCUUCCAUCAUUGACCGAAGAUGUUACAAAUAUAGAUGAAUACUGAAUGGAACAUCACACUGUUACCCAAUACUAACAGAAUCGACUUUUGU